AUGUGCAGAAAUAAUAGUGAGUCUACUUCAUCUCAAGUUGUUCCUCAAGAUAGAGAGGUUUUGCCAACAAACGUGAAACCCCUUCAUUACGAUUUGACAUUGGAACCUAAUUUUGAAACUUUCAAAUUUGACGGACAAGUCGUAAUAGAUUUACACGUUAAUGAAAAAUCAGACUAUGUUACAUUGAAUUGUUUAGAAAUUGAUAUUCAGGAAGCAAAAAUUAAUGAUGUUGAAACUAAGAGUAUUGAAUUUAAUGAAGAUCAGCAAUCUGUUACUUUCAAAUUUGCAGACGAAUUGACUACUGGUGCUGAUGCACAUUUAAGUAUCAAGUUCACUGGUGAAUUGAAUGAUAAGAUGGCUGGAUUCUAUAGAUCUUCGUAUCAAGAGGAUGGCAAGACAAAGUAUUUAGCCACUACCCAAAUGGAGCCUACAGAUUGUCGCCGUGCAUUCCCUUGUUUCGAUGAACCUGCUUUAAAAGCUAAAUUUGAUAUUAAGUUGAUUGCUCAUAAGGAUUUGGUUUGUUUAUCUAAUAUGGAUGAAAAGGAAACAAGCUUAUUAGGAAAUGACAAAAAGAAAGUUGCCUUCAACACAACUCCUUUAAUGUCGACUUACUUGGUUGCAUUCAUUGUGGGUGAUUUGAAAUACGUCGAAACAUCUGACUAUAGAGUUCCAAUUAAGGUUUAUGCCACCCCAGGAUCAGAACAUUUAGGUGCUUAUUCUGCUGGAAUUGCUGCUAAAACUUUGAAAUUCUUCGAAGAAAAGUUUGAUAUUCCAUACCCAUUACCAAAAUGUGACAUGGUAGCUAUCCAUGAUUUUUCUGCUGGUGCCAUGGAAAAUUUUGGUUUGAUCACCUAUAGAACGGCUGAUUUAUUAUUAGACCCAAGCAACACGAAUAUCAAUACAAAACAAAGGGUCACAGAAGUGGUCAUGCAUGAAUUGGCGCAUCAAUGGUUUGGUAACCUUGUUACCAUGGACUUUUGGGAUGGUUUGUGGUUAAAUGAAGGUUUUGCAACUUGGAUGUCAUGGUAUGCGUGUGAUGCAUUGUACCCAGAUUGGAAAGUUUGGGAAUCAUACGUCUCGGAUUCCUUACAGCAUGCUUUAAGUUUGGAUGCUUUGAGAGCCUCUCAUCCAAUUGAAGUACCAGUCAAAAGAGCAGAUGAGAUUAAUCAAAUUUUCGAUGCAAUCUCUUACUCAAAAGGUUCGUCGCUCUUGAAAAUGAUUUCCAGGUGGUUAGGUGAAGAUAUAUUUAUUAAAGGUGUCUCUAAUUACUUGAAAAAGCACAAAUGGGGAAAUACUAAAACUUCUGAUUUAUGGGAAGCUUUAAGUGAAGUUAGUGGUAAAGAUGUUAUAAAAGUUAUGAAUAUCUGGACGAAAAAUAUCGGGUACCCUAUCGUUUCGGUAAAAGAAUCUGGUAACGAAAUCCUGGUCACUCAAAACCGUUUCUUAGCCACUGGUGAUGUCAAGCCUGAGGAAGAUAAAAUUUUGUAUCCUGUUUUCUUAGGAUUGAAGACCUCUAAUGGUCUUGAUGAAUCAUUAGUUUUAGAUGAAAGAACGAAGACAUUGCAGCUUCCUACAUCCGAUGAUUUUUUUAAAUUGAAUGGUGAUCAAGCUGGUAUCUACCGUACAGCCUAUGAAUCUUCACGUUGGACUAAAUUAGGAAAAUCGGGUGUUGAUGGCAAAUUAUCGGUUGAAGAUCGUGUUGGUUUAGUAGCUGAUGCGGGCUCAUUAGCUUCUUCUGGUUUUGUUUCAACUACUGAUUUCUUGAAUUUAGUUAAAUCUUGGUCUAAUGAAUCGAAUUAUGUUGUUUGGGACGAGAUCUUGACUAGAAUUGGUACAAUUAAAGCAGCAUUUAUUUUUGAACCUGAAGAAAUUAAAGAUGCUUUAAAUACAUUCACUAUUGAUUUAAUUGGUGAUAAAUUGAAGUCUGUUGGUUGGGAUUUCAGCGAUAAUGAUUCAUUUGCUGACCAACAAUUGAAAUCGUCUUUAUUUGCUUCUGCUGCAAAUGCAGGUCAAGAAGAAACAGUUAAAUAUGCUAAAGAUUCUUUUAAGAAAUUCGUUGAUGGUGAUAAGAAAGCUAUCCACCCUAACUUAAGAACGUCCGUCUUCAACACCGUUGCUAAGAAUGGUAAUUUGGAAACCUUUGAUCAAUUAUUCAAUAUCUAUAAGAACCCUCAAUCUAUUGAAGAGAAGAUUUCGGCAUUGAGAUCUCUUGGUAGAUUUACCGACGAAGCUAUCUUAGAUAAAGUUACUGGAUUGUUGUUAAAGACUGAUAUUGUUAAAGCUCAAGAUAUUUACAUCCCAAUGCAAGGCUUAAGAUCACACAGAUUAGGUAUUGAAAAAUUAUGGGACUGGUUAACAAAGAAUUGGGAUGAAGUCUACAAGUUAUUGCCUCCGGGAUUGUCUAUGUUAGGUUCAGUUGUGACUCUUGCUUCAUGUGGAUUUACUAAAAAGGAGCAAAAGGAUAACGUUGAAACGUUUUUCAAGUCUAAGAACACCAAAGGGUUUGAUCAAGGUUUAGCUCAAUCCAUAGAUAUGAUUACUGCUAAGGGGGCUUGGGCUAGUCGUGAUUCUGAUGCUAUUACAGAAUGGUUAUCUUCUAAUGGUUAUUCGAAAUAA